GUAAAUACUAGAACCUAUCAAUUCUGGUCAGUGGUGCUGGAAUCUGGAGCUGUGUCACAACAACUUAGCAGGUAAUUUUUGUAAGCUACAACACAUUUGUUACAAUAACGAAGUGUUUUUCUCUUGCACUAGUGAUUGGUCAAGAGUUGAGGUCUAUGAAAGCUGACAGAAGUUUACAACGUGAAUCUGACAUAUUGUAAUGAUUAAGCAAUAUGUGUUCAUCUGUCUUUCCUGCACAUGGAUACAUGGUUUUGCAAUUAAAAACAAAAUUGCAUAAAUCAAAUAGACAACAAUUUUCCAUGAUAUAUUUCUAUACCUUUUUAAACUACACUGGUAUAACUACAUACACUGUAAUACUGGACCGCUAUUAUAUUCUAUGGGGAGUGUGGAAAUGUAAGAAGCCCGCAGUGAAUAGCCUCCAAGGAACCAGAGUAGAAUGUUUAGUUUUGCAUGAAUGGAUUCUUUAUUUUGUCAGUCACACUGCAGGUUAAAAAGUGGCAAGCCCUUGUUGCAAAUGACAUUAAUUUUUACCUGCAUCAGGCAGCUUCAUAUAAAGGCUUUGUGAAAGGGCAGAGGUCAUUCUUGAUUGUGGUUUUAGUAUGACAAAAAUGAUUAUUAAAAGGUAAUAGUACAUUAAAGUUACUAUACCUUCAAAGUUUAACCAUUGAACAUUGCAAUCGCAGCUAAUUAAUAACUGAUUUUACUUCAUUUUUCCCUUAGUGUAAGCAUAUUUGUAGCAGCUUUUGUGUAUAUGGAUCUUGGACUCCUGUCUCCUUCCAUCUUAGUUGUGCUUUCUUCUGUGUUGACGUUAGUUGGUUAUGUUUUGUUUGAUGCAUUGGACAAUGGAACUCUAAGAAAACAGUCAAAAAGAACGAGUAGGUAUUUCAUUUCUUUAUGUUAUAACUGUAAUGAGUUCUUAGUUGUGCUUUCCUCUGUGUUGAUGUUUAGUUGGUUAUGUUUUGUUUGAUGCAUUGGACAAUGGAACUCUAAGACAACAGUACAAAAAAGUAGGUAUUUAAUUUUUUUUAUGUUAUAACUGUAAUGAGUUCUUAAGAAUGAAGAACAAAAAAAAAACAUGAAAUGUGGGAUUGUAGAGGAUCAUCUAACUACAUGUGCAGUCAUGUGCAUUUUCUUUUCUCCACGGUUCUAUAUUUUUAUAUGUGCUCAACAGUCCCUAAAGAGAAAAUAGGAGGUCUGUGAACAGGCUAAGCCAAAAGGAUUUAAUUCAAUUAAAUGGCCGGGAAGUUAUGUUAUUUGAGUUCAAGUCAACAAAGGUUUACUGCAUCCACGGUGACAGAAAUAAUUGCCAUUGUGAUAAUUACACUUGAUUGUGUUUUGUUCCAGGAUUAGAUGACUUAAAAAGUUGCAUAUUGGUGUUAGUCUCUGUACUUUUGUCAUCUCCAGUGUUGAAAACCUUGACUGAUUCUAUUAGCACAGACACCAUCUAUGCCAUGACUGUAAGUAAUUUUUAGUCCGAACAAAUACCUUUUCAACACUGUCUUUCUCUCUCCUUUUCUAACCCUGAAAUCCUUGCACAAGACAAAGUGAAAAAAUAAUCCCCUCUUAGCGAAACUUGUAACUUCAGUCGACUCCCGGUAACUCCAACUCUGUGCAACUCAAAACUUGUGCUAACCUGAGCUUAACUUGAUUUCCUCUAAGUUUGCUCCAAACUUUUGAUGUAAUUGUACCCUCAAUAAUUUGAAUCCUAGCUAAUUUCUAUAAGAAAGUGUAUUAUAACCAACCAUUAAAACACUCCUUUUUGGUUUUAUUUUUCGUUUAAACCACACCAAAGUGAAAGUAAGUGGCAAGUAGUCUUGACAUGUCCAUAAUUGUUCUUGCAUUAUUUAGUGAGACCAGCACCCCACCCAUCACACAAGAACUAAAUGAGCAGCCCCGCCUCCCCCUCCCCCUCGCCCGCCACCCAGUCUGUGUAGUAAAUAAAAGGUUCUUAUUUUGCAAUCUCCCAUCAUUUCUUCCUAUUACCCGAUAACUCAAGUGUUUUCAAUGUAUGAUGACGUCCUUUCGUAUUGAAGGCUCGAGUGAACGGUCAAUUGUACAUGUUUUGUUGUGCAUGUAGACACUUGUAGGAAGAUUUAAAAUCGAUAUUAAUAUUAGUAUACCGUAGUAUUAAUUUGUUGAGAUUCUUUACCAGUCACAGUGAACCACUACAUUUUAUAGUUUUUCUUGUAGAUAUAACAGAUGACUUUAAAUAAUAGGUGACCAUUAAUUGUGGUGUUUCUUAUGAAUCAAUGUAAUCUCUCUUUUACUCUGCAGACUUUCAUGCUUGCCAUGAACUUACUUUUGUACGAUUACGGAACACGCGCCGCUAUGUAAGUAUUUCAACUUUUCGGUAAACUUUUUCUUCACGUCAGUUUCUUUGCCAAUCUUAUCAAGAACUUUUUAGAGACAGGUCUUUUACCGGUUCCCCUUGUUUUAUCACAUUAAGCCAUUCAACAACAGGCUUUGACAGUUUUUGGCCGUGUUGUGAAACUUAUUUUGACCUCACUAUUUUAGAACUUAAAAGUUCUAACAUAACAUGGUGGCAGUGCUGUUCAAUAGGAAUUUCGCUUGCCUUGUGCAUUACUAUGAUUUUUGAUUGGCUAACAAAUGUCUUGCCACUUUCUCUAUCAAUUGGCGGCAACUUGCGCGCGAGUGAGCCCCGUUUCCAUAUUUCGGAUUCACGCAUCUGCGUGUAAAUGCGAAACGAGUUCAGCGUCAAAAGUUUUCGCAUUCGUAACGAAUCUGGUAAAAUCUCCUCUAUUGUAAACCUACAAUCCCGGACAAAAGUAAUCGGGAAGGUUGUACAACUUAACAGUAGUUCAAUUUAAUGUUCAAAUAAGUUGGUUUUCCCUUUCACUUACCCCCUGGUCCCCGUAUUCAAUGUUGGAAUAUAACAGAACAAUAAGAGAGAGGAGAAGUCAUUACGUCACACUGCCAUGGUAGCACAAUUUCUGGAUGACAACAAACCAAAACGUCACUUAAAAAGUGGAUUCGCACUGUUUCAAAAUUCAUCGAUCUUAUUUAAUUUCAUUUAAUUUGUCAGAUGCUGGCGAAAUUUUCUGGGUUGAAACCAAAAGAACCAUACCUAAGUGAGAAAAAGAAAAAGAAAAUUUUUGUGUUGUGCUCACCUACUCCGUAAAGCGGGCGCAUGAAAUUAGGAAGUUUCAUGUCGCAGUCGUGCAACAACGCCUGGCUAAGAAAUGUACAAAAAAGCGUGAUUGUUUUUUUUUUUUUUUGCCAAUCUAAACCUAUUGCUUUUUUGCUGUUCGCCGUCGCCGUUGCAAAAACUCCCCGUUGUUGUGAUCCAGAAAUUUUGCUACCAUGGUAACGUGACGUCACACUUCUCGUCUCCGUUGUUCGCAUUAUUUUUAUGCGCACAAACAUUUAUUACUAAGUUUUGUUCAGGGGCGAGGGGAAGAAGGAAAAAAAGAGUUUAAAAGUAGCAGCCUUCCCAACACUUUGACGAUGAGUGUAGCUUUAAUUAACAAAACAUGACAUCAGCUAAACUUGACAUGAUGAAAUGAAAACUAUAUGCUUGUUAAAGCAACUAUCAAUGUUUUUUUUUUUUUUAAAGAGUUUCAAGGUCCACUUCGUUAAACGCUUCUAUCUUCGCCUCUGUUUGUUUGGCAUCUCGUCUUCCUUCUUCCUGGCAUGUCUUCGUUACUGUUAUCUUAGCUAUGCAGAUGUUUGCUCUCUUUCCAUCUCUUAGAAGACAGUUAAAGGUAUUUGUAACUAUAUUUUCUGGUCAUGCUACGAGAACAGGAGAAGUUUUGGAUUUAUAGGUGUAAACUAUUGCAAUAUCUAAGAUCCAAGUUUUACAUUUUUUACGAUGCGUUGGGAGCAUGGUAGGGAACGAAUUAUCCUUUUUUUGCGGAAGAGUCUUAUUAACUUGCGCAGGAAUGCAUUAGUGACGUCAUAGCCCAUUGUCUUUACAUCAUGAAUAAAAUGUGGGGGAAUCUCAUUAUUUUGUGGGGAAAUGCAUUAACGCCGAUGACUUCAUAGUCUUUUGUCUUUAUGUCAUGAAUAAAAUGUAGCCUGCGAAAACAGCCGUUUCUCCUCGCUUCUCGCCGCUUUGGACGUUUUUCGCCAGGAGGAACGUCUGCGCCUCAGCAUCAGAAAUUCCAUACUGGUAACGUAGAAUCUGUCCGGAAUCUGGUCAGAAGCUCUGAUUGGUCGACCUAGUAGUUAUAUUGUUUCAGCUAUUGUUUUGCAAAUGACAGAGAAAAGGCAACAAAGGUCAAAUGUGGACGAGAUGAAUCUAUACCAAUACAGUCAAUAUUCUUCUCUAGAAGAAGCAUUUAAGUUCUGCUGAAUCUCGUUCGCAGAUAAACACAAACUUUUUUACUUGUAACACCUCCCCACCUCAUCCUCAAUUCGAUUAAAAUUUUUUUUUUUCUCCUUUUCCCAUCGCCACCACCAGUAGUAAGUAAAGUCUACAUUCCAUUCUCCUGUUUUAAGAACAAUUCUUUCAUUCCAUUCACGGGUUAAGAUGAAUUCAACAAACUGGCCUGCUCCUAAUGUAUGGGUCUUCAUAGCUCAGUUGGAAGAGCACUGCGGCCCUAACGCAGAGGUCAUGGGUUCGAAUCCCCUUGAAGUGCGGAAUUUUUUUUCGGAUUAAUUUGCAAUUGCUUAAAUUGCAAUAAUCACUUCGACGAUCAUAUCUCCAUUGAAAUUUUUAUUUUCGCAGUUCACAUCAUCUCAGUUCAUACUAUGACAUAAUAUGAUACUGAGAUUUCUUUAGGAUGAUCUUGUUUCGCCUACAUUUAAGAAAUUAACCAACGUUUUCUCGUUGAAAUUCCUGCUUUAGUCUUUAUAUCGAUAAAGUAUGUGUCCAUGACGUUUUUUCUGAAAGCCCGCUUAAUAUGGAUACCAGGAUAAUAUGGACACUAUGCUUGUGCCCUUGGUGUCUGUAUUAACCGGCCACUGUACGAGUAUUAGCAGUUCCACAGAUAUACUAAUUUCCGAUACUUCUUUUACAUUAAUAGUGACUUGAUAAAGGCAUUUUUAAAGUCUCGCUUUUUUCAUUCGUCAGAUGCAUCUACCCUCAAGCGACAUAUUUCUGACGUGGACUCUUGUAUUUGUUGCCAUAGCGAUGCUUUGGCCGCUGACCCAAUUGUUUGCUGUACUACUUGUCCUUGUCCAUCUCGCAGUGACGCUUGUUUGCCCAUUCUGGUUGAUCAAACUGCAGCGACUGAAAAAGUAAGUUACCAACCCUCCCCCCUUUACUUAAAUGUUUUACUGGGACGCCUUGAAUAAAAUUGUUUUCUUUGUUAUCACGUGAUCGCUCUCAACAAAGAAGAAGGGGGGGGAGGGCGCUCCUUUAUAGUGGCUCUGAAGAUCUAACCAGCAGCCAUAAUCGGGUUAGGAGACCGUAACUGGAUACCUUUUCCAGUAAUGGGGUUGGUUCCAUUGAAAUAGCCAAACGUGAUAUUUUUAGCACCAUCUCGUGUGACACGCGCGUGCAUUUUUUGCCAGGGAGCCGCUCAAAGGAUAAAGAGACAAAAUGGCGUCAGAAAUUACCUCCGGAGGAGAUGAAUGAAUUCAAUUUCUGUCAUCAUUCCCUCCUCAGAAUUUAAGGCAAGACCUUGAGGAUAACCACUUUGACAAUAACUCUGAAUAUGAUAAGGAUCGUGAAUGCAAUUCUGAUCAUGUUAAUCACCACAGUGAGAGGUUGUUUUUUUAACUGAGAAAUCCAGUUACGAAGAGAGGUGGGAGAUGUCGUGCGAUGAAUACCCCGUUCAGACAAAAAAAGAAACUUCCGGGAAAAGGAGGGUUGAAAGUUAACAACAACAACAAAUUAUGUCUAAAUCAUAAAUGCUUUUCGUCUUAGGUCAACAAAGCUUGAUUAGAAAUGAAACGCAAACUGUGGUGACAAACAUGAAGCUAAACAAGCGCAUAGCUAGAACAGAAUUUCAUUCACUGACUUAACGUUUCGUAUGUCUCAACAUACAUCUUCAGAGGUAACCGUACGCUUAAAAUUUUGAAAUAUAUAAUAACAGUAAUUUGAGUAGCUCACGAGAUAAUAUUGACAAAAACAAAGGAGGUAAUACGAUAAGUACAGUCAACCGGCAGAAUAUCACAGGAAAAUGCAUUAAAUUAAAUAAUUUGUCCACUUAACAAUAUCCUUGGCAGCGUGGCGCAGUGGUCUAGGAGCUGACCUUCCGUGCAGAUUGUCCAGGUUUUCCCGGGUCCGACUCUCGGCUUAACUGUUUUUUUCUUUGUUGUAUAUGCAUGCGAGGUUUAUGCGAUAAACGUAUUUCUAGUAAUGUUAUGUAACAUUGACUUAUUCUUCCACUGUGCAUGUAUUGAAUAUCGAGAUAUUAAGCACUUGGAAAGUUAAGAGAGCACUCAAGUAAAGUCGCAAGACGAUCGCCCAUCUCCUGAAAUUCCACACGUGAGCCGUGCAAAUUUGCGGGUUCCUGAGCGAGUUGUGACGUUGAGGGUGGUGCAGUUUGUUCUAAAAAUAGUACAUUUGGCCAUUUCGAUGGAACCGCGUGGACCCCGCUCUUGCGGUCUCCUACCCCGAUUAUGGCUCCUGGACCUAGCCAUAUAGGAUAGAUAGCCGAAUUACUCUUACUAUCCCAGACAGCGAUGAUCAUUUUCUUUGGUAAAAUAUUAUUUUUUUCCAACUUAAUCUUCCCCUUUCAACACCCUUAUGUGUACAUUUUGCAGAGAAAUACUGUGUGGAAAUAUUUCCUUAUAUCUUAAGAAUGGCUCUUUCAGUUAAAUUCACUUUAAUUUUCCUUUGUAGUAAUAUUCACGGUCCGUGGGAUGAGGCUGUUAUUAAAGAAGAACAUGUUGCAGCUUGA